AUGUCUGAUCAAAGAACGGUCAUUGGUUUCUUCAUACUUUUUCUUACCGUUUAUUUUUUGGAAUCAAUUGGUGGCUUCUUUAUGGCAAGUGUAGUGGUAUCAAUCGAGAAACAAUUUCAAAUAUCAAGUCGAAUGUCUGGUUUGAUGGUUUCUGCUGGUGAUCUUGGUUAUAUACCAUCGGUGGUUUUUGUGAGUUAUUUCGGCAGCAAGGGAAAUCGGGCCAAAUGGAUUGGUGCUGGCAGUUUGAUGAUUGCAUUUGCUAAUAUUCUAAUUGGCAUGUCUAAUUUUCUUUUCCCCGUGCAAACUACUCAGCUCAAUUCAACAUUUAUUGGUAAUACUACAACAACAACAAUAACAAUAUCUGUAAUAUUUACAACAAUAAAUUAA